AACCCUCAGUAAGCAAUCGUAAUACUGACUGUAUAUACUAUAUAUCAACGUUCCGCGUAACACGUUUAUAAACACGUGCACAUUAUAAAUCUUUAUAUUGGCAAAAGAACAGAAUAUAUAUUUUAAAAUGAAUGAAAAAGUAACAGCGAUGGAAGUUGACGAAAGUAAAACAGAGGAAGGCGUCGAUGCUUCGGAAAUGAGUUACGAGAACAAACUGCAGUUGGUGAAUGCUAUAGCCAAACCUAUGGCACCCAAGAAAUUAGCUAAGAAAAUCUACAAAUGUAUAAAAAAAGCCUCUAAGCAUAAGUCUUAUCUUCGCAAUGGCUUAAAAGAUGUGCAGAAGCACCUUCGUAAAGGAGAAACAGGGUUGGUUAUAUUUGCUGCUGAUGUAUUUCCUAUAGAAAUUAUGUGCCAUUUGCCAGUGGUAUGUGAGGACAAGAAUAUUCCAUAUUGUUAUACACCUUCAAGACAAGAUAUUGGUGCGGCAAUGGGUAUAAAUCGAGGUAGCCUUAUGGUACUCAUCAAAGAACAUCCAGAAUACAAGGAUCUAUAUACUGAAGUUAAAAGUGCAAUGGUAACACUUUCCGCACCUUUAUAACAUAAUAUAUAUCUUAUUGUGCAUAUUUUAUUCAGAAUAUAUUCUGUUCUACCAUAUGCUUAAAGAAAAUAUGUUUACACAGCAGCCCUAAGCCAGUUUUAGGCUAUUAUGUAACAUUAUCCUAGAUUUUAAUGUUUAUAACUUAUCAGUAAGUUACUAAAUAAGUUAUAUACAUAUAUACACACACACACACAAACAUCUUGACCGUUCUGUAAAUAUCAAACAAUACUAUCAUUAAUUAUAACAUUAUUGUCAUAUAUAUGUAUAUUUCUUAUAUGGUAUUUAUA